UGGCUGGAGGCACUGCUCAGGCUCAGGCCGCCUGUCCGUCCACACGGUCCGUCUGGCCCGCCCUCCCUCCCGCAGCCAUGUCCCGGCCCCUGACAGACCAGGAGAAGAGAAAGCAAAUCAGUGUGCGUGGCCUGGCCGGCGUGGAGAAUGUGACUGAGCUGAAAAAGAACUUCAACCGGCACCUACACUUCACACUUGUAAAAGACCGCAAUGUGGCCACCCCACGAGACUACUACUUCGCGCUGGCCUACACCGUGCGCGACCACCUCGUGGGCCGCUGGAUCCGCACGCAGCAGCACUACUACGAGAAGGACCCCAAGAGGAUCUACUACCUGUCUCUGGAAUUCUACAUUGGCCGGACGCUACAAAACACCAUGGUGAACCUGGCCUUGGAGAAUGCCUGUGAUGAGGCCACCUACCAGCUGGGCCUAGACAUGGAGGAACUGGAAGAAAUCGAGGAGGAUGCAGGACUGGGCAAUGGGGGCCUGGGCCGGCUGGCGGCCUGCUUUCUGGACUCCAUGGCAACGCUGGGCCUGGCUGCCUAUGGCUACGGAAUCCGCUAUGAGUUUGGGAUUUUUAAUCAGAAGAUCUCUGGGGGUUGGCAGAUGGAGGAGGCUGACGACUGGCUUCGCUAUGGCAACCCCUGGGAGAAGGCCCGACCAGAGUUUAUGCUGCCUGUGCACUUCUAUGGUCGAGUGGAGCACACCAGCCAGGGGGCCAAGUGGGUGGACACACAGGUGGUGUUGGCCAUGCCUUACGACACACCCGUGCCCGGCUAUCGCAACAACUUCGUCAAUACCAUGCGCCUGUGGUCUGCCAAGGCCCCCAAUGACUUCAAUCUCAAAGACUUCAAUGUUGGUGGCUACAUCCAGGCUGUGCUGGACCGCAACCUGGCUGAGAAUAUCUCUCGUGUCCUGUACCCCAAUGACAAUUUCUUUGAGGGGAAGGAGCUGCGGCUGAAGCAGGAGUACUUUGUAGUGGCCGCCACGCUCCAGGACAUCAUUCGCCGCUUCAAGUCCUCCAAGUUCGGCUGCCGCGACCCCGUGCGCACGAACUUCGAUGCCUUCCCGGAUAAGGUGGCCAUCCAGCUCAAUGACACCCACCCCUCCUUGGCAAUCCCAGAGCUGAUGAGGAUUCUGGUGGACGAGGAGUGGCUGGAAUGGGACAAGGCAUGGGAUGUGACCGUGAAGACCUGCGCCUACACCAACCAUACCGUGCUGCCUGAGGCCCUGGAGCGCUGGCCCGUGCACCUCAUGGAGACCCUGCUGCCCCGGCACCUCCAGAUCAUCUAUGAGAUCAACCAGCGCUUCCUUAAUCGAGUGGCGGCUGCGUACCCAGGGGAUGUAGACCGGCUGCGGCGCAUGUCGCUGGUGGAGGAGGGCGCAGUGAAGCGUAUCAACAUGGCACACCUGUGCAUCGCUGGUUCGCACGCCGUCAAUGGUGUGGCUCGCAUCCACUCUGAGAUCCUCAAGAAGACCAUCUUCAAGGACUUCUACGAGCUGGAGCCUCAUAAAUUCCAGAACAAGACCAAUGGUAUCACCCCACGGCGCUGGCUGGUUAUGUGUAACCCUGGGCUGGCAGAGGUCAUUGCUGAGCGCAUUGGGGAAGACUACAUUGCAGACCUGGACCAGCUUCGCAAACUGCUCUCCUAUGUGGACGAUGAAGCCUUUAUCCGGGAUGUGGCCAAAGUGAAGCAGGAAAACAAGUUAAAGUUCUCUGCAUACCUAGAGAAGGAAUACAAAGUCCAUAUCAACCCCAACUCGCUCUUCGACAUCCAGGUGAAGAGGAUUCAUGAAUAUAAACGCCAGCUCCUUAACUGCCUCCAUGUCAUCACGCUGUACAACCGCAUCAAGAAGGAUCCCAAUAAGUUUUUUGUGCCUCGAACUGUGAUGAUUGGAGGGAAGGCUGCACCUGGGUACCACAUGGCCAAGAUGAUCAUCAAACUCAUUACAGCCAUUGGGGAUGUGGUCAACCACGACCCGGUGGUGGGAGACCGACUCCGCGUGAUUUUCCUGGAGAACUAUCGAGUCUCGCUGGCUGAGAAAGUGAUCCCGGCUGCUGACCUCUCCGAGCAGAUCUCUACAGCUGGCACUGAGGCCUCAGGCACUGGCAACAUGAAGUUCAUGCUUAAUGGGGCUCUGACUAUUGGCACCAUGGACGGGGCCAACGUGGAGAUGGCAGAAGAGGCAGGAGAGGAGAACUUCUUUAUCUUCGGCAUGCGGGUGGAGGACGUGGAAAGGCUUGACCAGAGAGGGUACAACGCCCAGGAAUAUUAUGACCGAAUUCCUGAGCUUCGGCACGUCAUUGACCAGCUGAGCAGUGGCUUCUUCUCUCCCAAACAGCCCGAUCUGUUCAAGGACAUUGUCAACAUGCUCAUGCACCAUGACCGGUUUAAAGUCUUUGCAGAUUAUGAAGAUUACAUUAAAUGUCAGGAGAAAGUCAGUGCACUGUACAAGAACCCCAGAGAGUGGACGCGGAUGGUGAUCCGGAACAUAGCCACUUCUGGCAAGUUCUCCAGCGACCGCACCAUUGCCCAGUACGCUAGGGAGAUCUGGGGCGUGGAGCCUACCCGCCAGCGCCUGCCAGCCCCGGAUGAGAAGAUCUGAGCGUCUAGACCAGACCCAAACCUGUCCCUGAGUCUGUCUGCAAUCCCUUGGGCCAGCUCCAAUUCCUCACCCAGAUCGGGGGGUACAGUAGGUUAUAUCUCUAAGCCUCUUCCUGGAACUCCCAUUUCCCCCCAGCCUCGAGAUCCCAGUGUUCAGCGUGACUAAGGACACUGUUCCCAUCCUGGGCUCCGGCUCUCUGCCCCCUCCUGUUUAUGGGUCUGACCAACUGCACCCACUCCCCAAUAAACUGAUUCUCCUUCGGAGCCUCCUUGCUCCUCUUUCUG